GAGAUAUAGUGAAGAAUGACUAGGUAAAAAAAAAAAAAAAAAAAGGUAUACAAUCAGAAAUAUUAAUCUGGGAGAAUAAAUGGCGCGAAAUUAAAACUAUGAAAUCAGACACAGUAAUAACAAUUCUAAAACAAACACUCAAAUACCGUGAUGGAUUUUUCCCAAUUAUAAAAACACUAUUGCAUUUAUUCGCUAUCGUAUCAAUUACCACACCUAGUACCGAAAUGAGUUUCUCGUCAUUAAAACGUUUAAACAAUUGUUUGAGGUCAACCACAGGUCAUGAGCAUUUAAAUGGCUUAGCUGUUUUAAACGUUCAUAAACAAAUUCCUAUAGAUAUCGAUAAAGUAAUUUAUAUAUUUUCAAGAGCCUCUAGAAGAACCAAGACAGUAGAUUGGUCAAUUUAAUUAAAUUUACCAUGCUCAAUGAAUGUUUGUUACAAUUAUUAUUAUCAAAUAAAUAAUUAUAAUAUUAUUAUCAAAUAAAUAAUUGUAAUAUGAAUAAAUGAUGAAUAUUUUAAACUUAAACUUGAAAUACCUAUGCUUUUAUGAACAUGGCAUUUUCUCGUAGAGCUCCCCCCCCUCUUUUUCAUUUCCAGAUCCGCCCCUGCCCGUAUCAUGUAUGUUAUAUUAUACGAGCACAUCCGCCGGAUUCUCGUUAAUGUCUUCUUUCGAGGUGUAUUUCGGUAAACGCGUAAAAAGACAAAGGAAAAGCCAUUGACGUUCUCCUCGUCACAUUCCUGUUAAGAAAAUCGAUAGUUGUAUAUCUUGUUUGUGCGAAAACUUCUUAAAAAAAAAAAAAAAAAAAAAAAAAAUACAAUUACCCGUAUGGUUUUUCAAUAUAUUAUUAUAUAUAUGGUAUAUGCAUGGUACGUUGUGAAUAUUUAAAGCCGAAAAAAAAAGAAACAAAACGUGUGGUGUGACUAUGUGAUAUUAUAGGUAUACCCACUUCUACCCGUUCUGUUAGUGCGUAAUAUUCGCAGACAAAAAAAAAAAAUCGUAUUAAGUAUUCAACGUGUGCAAUAAUACGCACAAUGCAAUUUUCUUUUCGGGAAAAAGAAAAUUAUUUAUAUGUAGGUAUCUACAAUUUUCUGUCUUUUCUACGAACCG